AGCAGGAGCUGCAGGAGUGAAUUUGUUGUUUUUGAUUUGAUAUUAAACCAGGCUGUGGGGAUUUUUUUUAUUACACUUUCGUGGUUGUGGUAAAGCCAGCAGCAACAGAACAGGAUGCCUAAAUCCAGGGAAGUUCUGUCUUCGACCUCCGGCAGCGACUCAGACAGUGAAGCUGAAACUAAGGCCAAAAGAAAGAAGCCGAUGCCAGAGAAACCGGCCAAGAAGCAGAAGAGCGGCGAGUCUUCGAAAUCAUCCGGCUCGGCGAAAAGUGGCGGCAGCAGCAAUAAAGCCGACAACAUGUUCCAGAUAGGGAAGAUGAGGUACGUGAGUGUACGUGAGUUCAAAGGGAAGGUUCUCAUCGACAUCCGCGAGUACUGGAUGGACCAGGAGGGGGAGAUGAAACCUGGGAAGAAAGGUAUCUCUCUGAACCCGGAGCAGUGGAACCAGCUGAAGGAGCAGAUCGACGACAUCGAUGACGCGGUGAAGAGAAUAUAAAGACUCGGCCGAAUCUGCCGCGCCCCUCGAGUCGUGAGAUUAUAGUCUGCAGAUGCAGGAUUAGCUUGUGUGUGAGUUGUAGAUUAGGUUUCAUCAGUUUAUCAUCAUAAGUGUCGUUCUUUCUUUAUUUAGGUUUUUUUUUGCAGUUUUAUUUUACUGACCAAGAAACUAAGGAAACAAACUGCCAGAUAAAAUCUGUAAAUGGUUGUGGGAUUAACGUCUGCUCUUUUUUUACAAUAAAAAAGCUUUUGAAACUCAAAA